AUGACUUUUCACGUGGUCGGAGAAGCUAACAUUGUUGUCGUGUUGAAACUGGUCACCCCAUUUCUCUCUCUUUCUCUCAAUUUCUCUCUCUCACUAUUCUAUUUUAUCCGUUUUCUCUUUUCCCUUUCUUGUUCCUUGUCCUUCCAUUUUUUUACUGCUUUCCACUCCUCAUUCUUAUCACUCCACAAGUUUCUCUCACUUUCUCUCUCUCUCUCUCUCUCUCUCUCUCUCUUUCUCUAUCUCUCUCUCUUUUGCUUCUUUCGGUUCAGUUUUCUCUCUCUUCUCUUCUCUUUCUUCGUCCUUCUCACUAUCACACCUUAUCCUCACUCUCUCUCUAUGUCUUCUUCCGGUUUUUUCUCUCUACUCUUGUUUGUCCCUUUUCUUUCCCCUCUCUCUUUAUUAUUCUACCUUCCGACUUCUGUUUUCUUUCUUCUCUUGGUAAUCUCUUUUUUCUUUCUUCCACUUUCUCUCUCUCUCUCUCUCACACACACACACACACACACACACACACACACACACACACACACACACACUGUCUUUUUACGAUUUCUGUCUCUUCUUCCUUUAUUCUUUUUUGUUCUUCUUUCUUCCUGUUCUUCCUCCUUUGCCACCCUCUCUCUCUCUCUCUCACUUCAUUGUUUUCUCUGCUUUUCCUUCUUUCCCCUUCCUUCUAACUUUCCCUUCCUAUCCCUCCUCAUAUUCUCUGCCUUUCAUUUUAUCUCUCCUGCUUCUUGUCUCUUUUUCCUUUCUUUUUUCCUUCUAUACCCUCUCUCUCUCUCUCUCUCUCUCUCUCUCUCUCUCUCUCUCUCUCUCUGUGUCCUUUCUAUUUCUUUAUAUUACUUCCAUCGGUUUCUCUUUCUUUCAUUCUUUUUUCUUUUUCUUUCUUUCUUUAUCUUUUCUCUUCUUUCACGAUGUACUUCCGCCCACAUCACUUUCUUCCUCUCAUCUAAAAUACCGCCUGUCUGUUCUUAUCUAUCUAUCUAUCUAUCUAUCUAUCUAUUUUUCUUUUUCUUUCUUUCUUUCUUUACACUUCUUUGUUUCUUUUCAUUUUUUUCCUUUCUUUUAGAUUUUUUCUUUUUUUCUUUCUUUCUUUCUUUCUUUCUUUCUUUCUUUCUUUCUUUUCAUUUUUUCUUUUUUGUCUUAGAUUUUCCUUUCCUUUCUUUCUUUCUUUCUUUCUUUCUUUCUUUACUCUUCUCAAUUUUCUUUCUUUUUUCUUUCUUUCCUCCCUUCAUUCUGUCUUUCUUUCUUUUUUUUCUUUCCCUCUUCCUUUCAUAUUUUUCUUUCUAUUUCUUUCUUUCCUUUCUUUGUUGCUUUCUUUCUUUCAUGUUUCCAUUCUUCUUCUUCUUUUUUCCCUUCUUUCUUUCAGAUUUUUCUUCUUUUCUUUUUCUUUUUCUCUUUCUUUCUUUCUUUCUUAUUUUUCUAUCUAUUUGGUAA